GGCGGGCCCUGAGGGGCGGGGCGUGAGGGCGCAUCUGCCGGGGCUGCCCAGCUCCGCUGAGUAGCCGCUGCCUGGACCUGGCCGGCGCUGCUCGCGGACCCCCUCGGGCCCCCGCAGGCGGGAACCCAGACCAGCCCGGCCGGCCGCGCGCGCCCACUGCGGCCUCGCGGCCCGGGAGGUGGCGCGUGGAGCCCGGAGCAGGAUCCCGCCGGGGCCCGGCCCCCGCGGCCCGGCACGGCGGGCAUGUCGGAGGUGCGGAAGGGGCCGGACGAGCCCGAGGAGAGUCAAUACGACUCUGGCAUCGAGUCCCUGCGAUCCCUGCGCUCCCUGCCGGAGCCCGGCCCGGCCUGCGCCCCCGGGCCCUGCGAAGGCGGCGGCCCCCAGCCCUGGACCCCUGCUUCGGGAAGCGCCCAGAAACCCCCCGACAAGGAAGACGAUGGGGAGCGCGCUGACUCCACCUAUGGCUCCUCUUCGCUCACCGAGCCCCUGCCUUUGCUGGGGGGCCCCGACACCCGGGCCCAAGCCCCCGCUGGCGGGCCGCUGAGCCCGCAGCAGCUGGAAGCUCUCACUUACAUUUCUGAGGACGGAGACACGCUGAUCCACUUGGCAGUGAUUCAUGAGGCCCCAGCUGUGCUGCUCUGUUGCUUGGCUUUGCUGCCCCAGGAGGUCCUGGACAUUCAGAACAACCUUUACCAGACUGCUCUCCACCUAGCUGUCCACCUCAACCAGCCAGGAGCAGUUCAGGCCUUGGUACUGAAGGGAGCCAGCAGGGUGCUCCAGGAUCGGCAUGGCGACACAGCCUUGCAUGUGGCCUGCCAGCGCCAACACCUGGCCUGUGCCCGCUGCCUGCUGGAGGGGCUGCCGGAGCCAGGCCGAGGACCACCCCACUCCCUGGACCUUCAGCUUCAAAACUGGCAAGGUCUGUCCUGUCUCCACAUUGCCACCCUGCAGAGGAAUCGGUCCCUCAUAGAGCUGCUGUUGCAGAAUGGAGCUGACAUUGAUGCGCAGGAGGGUACGAGCGGGAAGACAGCUCUGCACCUGGCUGUGGAGACCCAGGAGCGGGGCCUGGUGCAGUUUCUGCUGCAGGCCGGUGCCCGGGUGGACGCCCGCAUGCUCAACGGGUGCACGCCGCUUCACCUUGCAGCUGGCCGUGGCCUGGGCGGCAUCUCGUCCACCCUGUGCGAGGCGGGGGCAGACUCCCUGCUGCGGAACGUGGAGGAUGAGACCCCGCAGGACCUGGCUGAGGAUCCCCUUGCUCUUUUGCCCUUUGAUGACCUGAAGAUAUCAGGGAAGCCGCUGCUGUGUACUGACUGAAGCCAGGGCAGGAUCUGGAGCCCUAGGACUGCUGCCUCUUCUCACCUGGAAGAUGGAGCUGAUGUUGCUUUGGUCUGGGCCCAGGCAGUGGAUCCUUCUGGUGUCCUGGGGCCUGCUGGUGCCAGAGCCAGGACUGACAUAGCUCUGGGCUGACUGGAGGGACCACAAGCUAGAGAGACAGCCUGGAAGUAAGGUCUUCCCGGGUUGACAAGAGAUACUCGGGAGACACCUUCCCUGCAAAACCUCAGGUCUUCUGUGUGGAAGCCUGUUUGCUAUCUCUGAAAAUGGCAGGGGCUCUUGUUUCCAUUCACAUUGGGUCAGCCUCAAACUGCCAACUAGUAAAAAAACAAACAAACAAACAAACAAACAAACAAAAAACCUGAAUCUCCAGAGUGAAGACAGAUUGAACAACCUGAAGGAUCAGGACACUGAGAGCUUCCAUGCUUCCAUUUGCACUGCUGUUGAGGACUCUCAAACACCAUUGUUUAAAGACUUCUUGCAGAAGGCCCCAAGCUGAACCUUGAAGGGGGAAGGGAAGCUUUAAUAACAAGACACUAAAACAGCAGAGACUUUUAGGAUGUACACACGCACGUACACAUGCACACACAGUUGUUUUGUCCACAUGCAUGCCUGUGUGUGUUGGGAAAUGUUAUCCAGGUCUUCCUUCUCAAGGAAAUUGUUACUUAAGCAGGGUAGGGCCUUAGUAGUAGGUAGGGGAGAAGAGUUUCUCGUUCCUCCUUAGGCCAGAAUUUCUGCCCAGCACAGACCUUUGCCCUUUCUGUGGAAAUGCAAAGGGAGAAAGCUAAGGGGGAACAGGUAGGAGACCUCACUAAUGUCCUGGAGUUCACCAUCUGAGCUGCAAAGAAGAGCUAGCCCAGAGACGUACGUGUGUGUGUGUGUGUGUGUGUGUUCUCUUACUCCACACACAUUUUGAAUGCCCAGCUAGGUCAGCCCUAUGCUAGAGUGAAGAAAAUAGGGAAAUAGAGUAGUCUCUGGCUACUCUAGUAAGAUAGACAACCAUUAGAGUCAUAGACCUCCAAAUAAAUAUGUAAUUACAAA